AUGGAAUCUGGAAUCCGUUCCCCUUGCUUGAUCGAUCUACGGAGCGACGUGGACGUGGACGUGGACGUGGACGUGGACGGAGUUCUCGCUCUAUAUCAGAUUCCCACGGACCACAUCUAUUCCGGGCACCAGAACCAGCACCAGCAGACGGAUACAGAUGCGGAUACGGAUAUUGAUAUUGAUAUUGAUGCGGGCGCAGAUGCUAGUCGGUUACGGCUGGAGAAGUACGAGAUUCCAGGGAAGACGAGGAGACGACGCAGAAGCGGACAUAAACAGUCGACUACGUGGAACCUCGUCACCCUCGAUCUCUCGCUGUUCGACGAACCAGGCGGAAAGGAGAAGUUAGCGGCGCAGUUGAAAGACGCGGCGCAUGGAGUGGGAUUCUUCGGCCCAACACAGGACCAAAUCAGCCGUCAAUACGCCAUCGGGCAGGCCUUCUACGCUCUUCCGUUCUCAGAACAACUGAAACACCGUGCCCCGCUGGAAGAAGGAAACUACAAUGGCUACCGCUCCCUCGGGAAGUUGCCGGAUGAGGAUGCGUUGGUCAGGGGACAUCGAUAUGAGGCGAACUGUGAUAGUGCGCUGCGGUAUAUGAUGUCGGGGGCGCGGUCGAAGGAGGAAAAUGAUCGGUGUAAUAAUCUGUACACGCGGGGUCAUACAGCUUUUGGGAGCCUGACCUUUGUUUUCCAGCAGCCGGUGGCGGCGUUGCAGGUAAAGCGGUCGUGGGAGUGGCUGAGAAUUCCGGAGGGUCAUGUUGCGGUGAACAUUGGGGAUAUUGUUGAGUUUCUGUCGAAUGGGUAUCUGAAGAGUGGUGUGCAUCGGGUCAUCUCGCCGCCGGAGGACCAGGCCUCGGUGGAUCGGCUAGGGUUGUUGUAUUUCGUGCGGCCGAGUGAUGAGAUGGACUUGGAGGUUUGUGGAUAGCCCGCUGCUUAGGAGGCUGGGGGUUUAUAA